AUGUACACAUUAGAAGAAUUCGCUUGCAUUGAUACUGUCCUGGUCAGGGUGGAUCUCUUAGCUACUGUCGCAUAAUUUUAACCUGCCCAGCUACGUGGGCAGGGUAAGAUUUACCUGCUUUAAUAAAAAAGAGGACAUGAACGAAAGGCCGUGCGGAAACGUAAAAGUGAAUUUAAACGAGGUUCGCAUGUAACCUUUAAAACUUGAAUAUAAAAAGGCCAAUACUGAAUAAAACUAUAAAUAGCAUAUAGAUAAAAUAAUGGAUCCGGAUUUCUUUCGCUAGUGUUCCUUCCGGUUUGCAAAUGAAAAAACUGAGGAAACGAACAGGCUGCACGGACUUGCGGUUGUGAAAAAUUCAUAAAGAAAAUUUGAUCGAAUAUUGAGAGUGCGGAGGAAACUUGUGCCGUGAGCCAAUAUUGGAAACUCAAAGAUUACAGAGGCAGUAUCCAGUGAAUUCUUCCAAUGUUUCGUGCAGACUACGCUGAAAUAAUCCGGGAAGGUGCACUCGUAAACUAAAAAUGGCCUCAGCGAACUGCAAGAAGUAACUUAUCAAUUCCUAAUAAGGUGAUGUCACACAAGACGACUCGCAACGGCGAUUUUUAUCACAACACAGCGUUUCAACAUUGUUGUGACAUAGAUUCAAAUGAUUUCAGCAUUGUUCCAACAUUGCAACACUGAGUUGCGCUAAAAUUCAUCGUUGCGAAUCGUCCCGUGUAACAUCACCUUUAGUCCGCCUUAAGACUUCAAAAAACAAUAAUCAAGUUUUGUGAAGAAUUUGUCCCAAACUAACAAUUGUCAAACCCAAAGAAUUCACGUUCUCGUCCACUUCCAUUUUUUCAAGUUCAUACCUAUUAAAGGCCCUAAGUCAAAAGACACAUAUUCAUCAUUUUUAGCAAGACCUGAGGUCACGGAUUUUCAGCAAGACUCUUAUAGUGAAGUACUCGGGGGAAAGGUAAUAUUAGCACAAAAAUACACUGAGACAAAUGCAUAAAUCCAGUAAAAUGAAAUAUCAAACAAAUUAGCCCCUUUAAAAAACCAGGAUAAAUAGAUAUCCCUGAAUAAACAAAUAAAAUAUUUUGUUUUUCAAAAAAGACUUGCCAAUUUGUAAUUUUUGAUGGAGUCUCCGUUGGCCACGCGGGCACAGUCAUGAAUCAGGCACACGCCUAACAGGAUAGCGAGUUCCCACACACUCGAUCAUGAAUUCCCUAAGACGCCCAUGGAAAAAUGCCAUUUUUUCAAAUGGGAUAUAGCAACUUUGAGACCACUAGUAAUCAUAUAACAUUUGAACGAUAAUUUCUCAGUGUCGUAUGCUAUGAUCACACCGGCCGACAUUACAACAGAUAUCGUCUUAUGUAGCAGGGUGGUAAAAAGAUUUUGUGUCAUUUCUUCAAUAGUGUUUCUUUCAAUGAUAUUUUGGGAGUGAAAAUUUUCCAAAAAUUUAAUCAAAUAUAAAGCUUGCACUGAAGUUGUUUGCCAUGUGACAAAAUCGGAAGGGUGAUACAAACGAAAACUGGUACCAUAAUUUCUGCGCAUUUCACAAACACGCGAACUCUAAAGUUUACAAGCCGCCUUCACAAUUGUGUUUUUCGCUGCCGUCAAUCAUAAUUACGAUCACAAGCAACGAACCUGGAAACACAGUAACACACAGAACGGAUCGAAAUCCACGAAUCACAAACCACAAACCUUGACCUUUUGAACCCCCUAAUAUAAUGUUUUGUUUCCUAAGAGGUCCGUUAAGAUGAUUGACGGCAGCAAAAAACGCAAUCGUCAGUUGGCUUUUGAACUUCAGAAUUCGCAUGUUUGUGAAAAGCGCAGUAAGGCCCAAGCUGAAAAAUGAAACGCCAACAAGGGCAAAAAUGAUGCCCUGUUUAAGGAUGGAGACCCCCAAAACCACCUAACCUGUCACCGAUCGCGAAAGACGUUUCCCGAAACAUCCUUAACCGCGAGGAGCGAGUACAGACGUUUGUAUUCGCAAACUAC